ACAUCCCAUAGCCUUCUUUCUGAAUUUUGAUUCUCUUACUACCAACCUUACAAAGCUUAACAAUAAAAACAGUAAUAUUGCCGCUUGCGUACUCUACAUUUGGACGACUCGGUAUCUAUAAAGACCAAGAUGGGCUCUAGGUAUAUUGUCUGUUCAAUAUUUCUUCCUAAAACCGUGGAAUUUCACUCGGAUGAUGUCGAGUUUUCAACUUCACCUUAUUGUGACAAUUCCGAGUCCGCACUUGAACAGUCUCUAUAUGAAAACCCCUUGAGUAAUUCUGUUCCAGGUAGUCCCAGAAAAAAUGGAGACAUUUCCGAUAAAGAGAAAUCAUUAAUCGAUUCUUUACGUGAUAAUGUUCCACACUCUACAAAAAACAUUUCAGUGUCAGCAUUGUCUUCUAGCACUGCUACUUUAACAGACCAUGUAUUUGACUCUGUAGGACAAACAAGCUCUCCUCCAUCAGAGUCUUCAAUCCUUCACUGUGGAAGUCGCAGGAGGACUUUAAUUCAACCUGCAUUCAAGGAUCCCAACUUACCUCCCUCUUCUGUUGCCGAGCAUGGAGGAUGUACUAAAAACACGAAUACGAGCUCGUUAUUUCCUCAUCUUACUAAGCCAAGCGUGAAAAGUUCCGAUAACUCUUCUCACUCUUUCAAAGACAAACUCGACUGUGCCCGUUGUGUAGUCACAGACUGUCAUUCAAGCAACGGGGGACUUAGGAAUUCAGUAAAAUCCGCCCAAAGGCACGGUUACUUGUCCGAUGUUCUAUUCGUUGGUACACCGGGUUUAUCUACUCAGGCACUUUCAGAUUCGACGCGUUCGAAAAUGGAAAAUCUCUUAAAAAACGAAGCAAAUUGUUACCCAGUCUUUGUGGAUGAUGAUGUCUUUGUUGGUCACUACAAUCACUUCUGUAAGCAGAUUUUGUGGCCGUGCUUCCAUCAACAGAUAUCGUGUAUACCAAAUUCUAUAACUUAUGAAGAGCAUUUAUGGAAAUAUUUUUGCGUUCUUAAUGAAGCAUUCGCAGACAGAAUUGUUAAGCUUUAUAAGAAGGGUGACAUUAUUUGGAUUAAUGAUUACCAUUUAUUCAUUUUGCCUAUGCUUCUCCGAAAACGUCUUCCGAAUGCAAAAAUUGGCUUCUUUUUACACGUUUCCUUCCCAACCUCAGAAAUAUUCCGCUGUCUUGCUUUUCGAAAGGCGUUAUUAGAAGGUAUACUGGGUUCAAACUUGAUUGGGUUCCAAACAGAAGAAUAUGCAAGACACUUUCUCCAAUCUUGCUCUCGCGUAUUGUACUUAGAGGUUAUGUCAAAUGGCGUCUUGACGGAUGACGGCUUUGUUGAAGUUAAAUCUAUGCCUACUGGAAUUGAUUGUGAGGAUUUGCUGAACAAACUUCAGACUGACGAAGUUUCUGCUUGGAUCAAUAAGCUAUCGGAUCGAUUUCGUGACAAAAUUCUGCUUGUUGGCCGUGAUAAGCUAGACCAUGUGAAAGGUGUUCGCCAAAAACUACUUGCAUUUGAAAAGUUUCUGUGCAUGUAUCCAGCUUACCGAAAACGAGUUGUUCUUUUCCAAGUAGCGCAGUCCACGAACGAAGAAAAUGCGACUCAGUCUUCCGUGUAUGAUAUUGUUUCACGUAUCAAUUCUUGUUUUUCAGACUUAACAUCGCAACAUGUACCUGUAUACUUUUUGCGUCAAGACAUUGAUUUCCCUCAGUACUUGGCUUUGUUGACUGUUGCUGAUGCAUUGGUUGUUUCCUCUUUGCGGGAAGGUAUGAACCUGACAUGUCAUGAAUACAUUGUAUGCCAACGGCAGCGCAAGAAACCUUUAGUACUUAGUGAAUUUGCAGGCAGUGCAUCACUACUUGGCGCAAAUGCGUUUUUGGUUAAUCCUUGGCAUGCUCGGGGAAUGGCCGAAGCUAUUUAUAAGGCAAUUACUCUGUCACCGGAUGAAGCAGCGAAAAUGCAUGAACGUCAAUACAAUUUGGUUCUGCAUAACGAUGGAGCCCGUUGGGCAAAACAAGUCUGUGAAGCUAUCACUAGCGCUUGGGAAAACAACAUGUUCCAUCAAUCAACUCGCAUUCCCCUUUUUAAGGGACAUUCGUUUCAAUCUAUAUAUCAAUCAACGAAAAGACGAUUUUUUGUUCUUGAUUGGGAAGGCACCAUUUCCAGUUGGGGCGUAAAAGGUGAAAUUGUGAGUUCUAACAUGCAACAAGCCAUGCAUUUACUAUCUUCAUUGUGUGAAGACCCUGUGAAUGAUGUCUAUGUUGCGAGUUCACAAUCCUGUGCCGAGAUGGAAACGCUAUUCUACUUGCUUCCCAAUCUAGGACUUAUUGCAGAAAACGGUUGUUAUGCCUCGCAGUCAUUAUUAAAUCGUGAAGAACGGAAAUGGUUUGAUAUGACUGCACAAGUUGAUUUAUCCUGGAGAGGUAGCGCUAAAAAUAUUUUGACACGUUAUGCAUGUCUAAUUCCCAACUCGUUUAUUGAGGAUAAAAACGUUACCUUCAUUUUCCACUUUGAGUCUGCUGAAGAUAAAGACGCUGCUAUUCGUGUUGCAAAAGACUGCUGUAAUGCGUUUAAUGACGAUGUUUCUGGUUGCCAUGCUGUUCCCCUUAACGGCGCUAUUAUUUGUGAGCCUAUUGGCAUCAACAAAGCCGUCGCGACGAACUGUCUUUACGCAAUGAAAACCUCAGAAGGGGUGAAGUACGACAUGGUCUUUGCUGCUGGAAAUGAUCGAACUGAUGAGUGCUUAUAUAACUGGGCGUCAAGUUUGAGCAAGACUGAACCGGACGUUCUUGUUACGACAGUGAAUGUUGGUUCUCGUAAUACUGCGGCUUCACACUUGUCUAGCAGUAUCAUUGGUUUUAAUAAGUCUAUGGAAGUUAUGUAUCGCAAUAACUGAAGUAACAUUUACAUGGGUUUGCUGGAUUCGGGUAAAUAGAUAAAUAAAUAAUUAUAUUCUAUGACUUUAAAUCAUUUAAAGG